AUGUCGUAUUACUUCGCCAUCGUCGGCACGCAGGACAAUCCUCUCUUCGAGUACGAGUUCGGCACCUCCAAGCAGGGUGGCGACGGCCAGUCGCGCUUCAACGAGCAGAUCCGUCACCUGAAUCAGUUCAUCCUGCAUAGUAGCCUGGACAUCGUCGAGGAGGUGCAGUGGGCGCAGGGGCAGAUGUACCUCAAGAUCGUGGAUAAGUUCUUCAACAACUACGUCUCGUGUUUCGUCACAGCCGGCAAUAUCAAAUUCCUGCUUCUGCACCAGCCCUCGGCGCCGUCGAGCACGCCGUCAUCGCGGUCGUCGACGGCCAUCGGCGCCAAUCCCACGAGCCCCGCGACCGAGGAGGCCAUCAAGAAUUUCUUCCAGGAGGUAUACGAGAACUGGGUUAAGGCUAUCAUGAGCCCGUUUUACAGGGUAAACAUGGAGAUCAAGAGCCCCGUGUUUCGGUCACGAGUGGCGGCGGCCGGAAGGAAAUACUUGUGA